GGGUCUUGGAGAUGAAAAGCUUUAGAUCCUGCCAUUGUUUGAUAAAAGUUGUUACUCCAUCGCAGGACAUUAGGGUUUCGGGUCUGCUCCGAUGGAUACGGAUCAAGAGAUGAGUCAAAAUCCGCCUGGAUUUGAUGGUGAACAAGUCCCAGUCAGUAACCACAACUUUGGGGAGAAUAAAUUGUUCAACAGGGGAGGAGAUGGAGAUGGUGAUGAUCAUGUGAACAGAAGCUCCUUCACUUUCACUCCUGGUGAAACGGAUCUGAACCAACUCCCAGCGAUUCCACCGGUUUCUAGUGGUCAAGGUUUGCCUUUUGCGCCUGUUGAUUUCCCCAGCCCCGGCGAUGUUUGGACGUGGAGAGUUGGGAGGAGAGUGAGUGCUACUGGGUUUCAUAAGGAUAGGUUCCUCAUCCUCCCUGAGAGGCUUAAGAUGAAGAAUGCACCAAAGUCAUUUGCCACCAAAAACACUCUUUCUCGUUAUCUCGAGACGAAUUUCCCUGAGAUGGAUGUUAUUGCCUUCUUUGCAUCUUUUAGCUGGAACAUCCCUGCUUUGUUUCAGCCCGCCGAUAGAGUUGAUGCUGCAUCUCUCUUUGAAGAGACUAACAAAGAAGGUGAGAAUGUUGAGGAUGCGAAGAAUGAAGGUUCAACUUCGCGUUACAGCCAGAGGAAGAGAAAACAGGUGCAGACACAGACUUAUGAACCUGUUCAAGUCAAACCUAAAGCUAGCGGCAGGAAAAAGAAAGAAGCCACCAAACAGAAGCCAUCCUCUUCUUCGAGACGCUCCACAAGACAGAAACAAGGCGAUAUGGUUGACUUGGAAGAAGAAAAAGAGAACGAAGCAGCUGCAACAAAACCCGGCAAUAGAAUGAAGAAACGCAGAGGUAGCGCUGCAGAGAAACAAGAAGAUGCUCCGAUUCCUCAUGUCUAUGUUUCUCCUAUGAACGGUGUCCUUGCGGUCUCUCACUCCCCUGUGGAGAUCAACCCGGAAGAGUUUGACAAUUAUCUGAACACACUGGAGAAUCUUCUUCAGCAGCAGCCUUCAGAAGCAGGACAGGAGUCUUCUUCUUCUUCUCUUCCUGUCACUGCAAGCUCUCCAGUGAAAGAAUAUGAAUGGGCAGAAGCUCGGAUGAAGCUUUCAUCGCUUCUCGACAAAGACUUCUCUUCCUUGCUCAUGUCUAAUGAAGCUGCGGAGCUAGCAGCCUUAGCAACAAAACUUAAGAAAGAUCCAAGCCUCUCAGCUGAAGAGAUUGUGAGGUUGAAGCUUAUCGAAGAGAUUCCAACUUUCAGCCAAGUGUUUCAGGAGAACAAGAACGUGAUAGUGGAAGCUGAUAGAUUCUUCUCUGCUCUCGAGCUUAACAAAGCCAAAGUCGCUUCUCUCAAGUACGAGUACAGCGAUUUAAAAGACAAGCUUGGCAAUAUCCAGACGGAAGUUGAUGCAAACUCUGAGACUAUCCGUCAGAUUGACGACCAAAUCGCUCAGCUACAAGCUAGACGCACUGAACUGACCCGUUGGAUCAGUAAAAAGGAGAAAGAGAAAGUUGAUCUGAGCUAUGGGCAAAAGAUGGUGGCUAACUCGAUUCCAAAAGUGGUGCAGGAAGUUCAAGCAGCUAACUCGAAGAAACCAGAAUGGGUGAUGAAGAAAGAAAAUGCUGUUAAACGCGAAGAAGAGAUCCUCAAUAAGUUCGCCUCUCUCAAAGGUUUUUAUCUCUAAAAAACUAUUAGAUUCUUAUAAGUAUUGUGUUGCAUAAGGCUAAUAAACUCUUGAAAGCUGUUUCAUAUUUUCACGCCAAAGUUCCUCUGUAAUCAUAAUAAUUAAAAAAAAGACAAGACUUUCAUGCAA